AUGGCACCCGCGCAGACUGCCCACACGGCAGACCCAGUCUUAACCCGUUUGGUCCAGCAGGACACCGUUCCCUGGUAUAAGAAAAAGAACCUCAGAGUUCUCUACUGUCUCUUGUUGCCAACAUGUAUCGGUAUUGAGAUGACAUCUGGAUUCGAUUCGCAGAUGAUCAACACUGUGCAAAUCUCCAGCAAAUGGCAAAAGUACUUCAACCAUCCUGAAGGAUCUUUACUUGGUAUAAUCUCUGCAGCCUACAACUUGGGCGCUAUUUGUGCCCUGCCGUUUGUCCCGCUCGUUAACGACAACUUGGGACGUCGGUGGGCCAUCUUCAUUGGCUCUUGGAUUAUGGUAUUCGGUGCAAUGCUGCAGGGGUUCGCCAAUGGAGCUGCUAUGUACGUUAUUGCACGUUGGUUCCUCGGCUUUGGAAUCCCCUUCUGUAUCAUUGCCGGAUCUUCCUUGAUGGGUGAACUUGCUUAUCCCAAAGAACGUCCCAUUAUGACUUCGCUUUUCAACGCUCUGUACUUCGUCGGCGCUCUUAUCGCAGCUGGAAUUUCAUUCGGUACCCAGAAACUCAACAGCGAUUGGGCAUGGCGGAUUCCCUCGCUUCUUCAGUGUGGGCCUUCCCUCUUCCAGAUAGCCUUCAUCUUCUUCAUCCCCGAGUCGCCUCGUUUCUUAAUCAGUAAAGACCGCGCGGAUGAAGCUUUCCAGGUCCUGGUCAAGUACCACGCUGAGGGUAAUUCUGAGUCUGAGUUUGUCAAGGCAGAAAUGACCCAGAUUGAAACCACCCUCAAGAUUGAAUUAGAAGUCUCAAAGCGAUCAUGGUGGGAGAUGGUUGCGACGCCUGGAAUGCGCAAGCGAGUCAUCAUUGGUUCCUUCCUUGGCCUGUUCACACAAUGGUCAGGAAACACUUUGAUCUCAUACUACCUGAAUGAUCUUCUUAAGCUAAUCGGAUACACCGACCCUAACUUCAAGGGCAAGCUAAACAUCGGCCUUAACAGCUGGUCGCUGGUCAACGCCGUCGCCAUUUCUCUCGUCGUCCGCCGGUUCCCCCGCCGAAAAAUGUACCUCACUUGCACUGUCGCUCUCUUGCUCUGCUACAUUGGCUGGACAGUGUCCAUGCAACAAUUCAUGGCGACUCACGGAAAGGUCGCCGCAAAGGUCGUCAUCUUCUUCAUAUUCGCGUAUUCUCCUUGUUACAACAUUGGAUACAACGCUUUGACCUACACAUAUCUCGUAGAGCUCUUCCCCUUUGCCCAGCGUGCCAAGGGAAUUACCAUCUUCCAAUUUUGGGGCCGUGGCGCUGGAUUCUUCACCACCUUCGUCAAUCCCAUCGGCCUCAAGAACAUCAAGUGGAAGUGGCUAGUAACCUACUGCUGCUGGCUCGCUUUCGAGAACGUCUUUGUUUACUUCAUGUUCCCUGAAACCUACGGCCGCACACUCGAAGAAUUGGCCUUCUUAUUCGAAGACCAGGCUCUAGCAGACCAGGCAACGAUGACUGUCGAGAAACAAAUCCACCAUGAUGACCCAGGCAGCCCACAUGAAAAAAGCAUUGGCGGACACAUGAAGGAGCUUGUGUAA